CGUGCGUGGACGCUGACGUCAUUUUUAUAACUGCGCAGUGCUGGACCGGAAGGAAGUGGGUGUGUUAGCUGACUGACGUUAGCGAGCUACAUUUAAUAAAGUCUGCUGCGGCUUCUAUGGAAGAGAUGUCAGGAGAGAGUGUGGUGAGCUCGGCAGUGCCGGCAGCUACAACCCGGACUACAUCUUUCAAGGGAUCCAGCCCCAGCUCUAAAUAUGUGAAGCUAAAUGUGGGUGGGGCACUGUACUACACUACAAUGCAGACGCUAACCAAACAGGACACGAUGCUCAAAGCCAUGUUCAGUGGCAGAAUGGAGGUCCUCACAGACAGUGAAGGUUGGAUCUUGAUUGAUCGUUGUGGGAAACAUUUCGGAACAAUCCUUAACUACCUUAGAGACGGGGCAGUGCCACUCCCAGACAGCCGACGGGAAACCGAAGAACUCCUUGCUGAGGCCAAGUAUUACCUUGUCCAAGGCCUAGCUGAUGAAUGUACAGCUGCCUUACAGAACAAAGAAACGUAUGAACCCCUUUGUAAAGUGCCUCUGAUGACAUCAUCUAAGGAAGAGCAGAAGCUUAUUGCAACCUCAAAUAAGCCUACUGUCAAACUGCUGUAUAAUCGAAGCAACAACAAAUAUUCAUAUACCAGCAAUUCUGAUGACAACAUGCUGAAAAAUAUUGAGCUAUUUGACAAGCUGUCAUUGCGGUUCAAUGGUCGAGUACUCUUCAUCAAAGAUGUGAUUGGGGACGAGAUCUGUUGUUGGUCAUUUUAUGGCCAGGGGCGUAAGAUUGCAGAAGUGUGCUGCACCUCCAUUGUUUAUGCCACAGAAAAGAAGCAGACAAAGGUGGAGUUCCCCGAAGCUCGAAUCUAUGAGGAGACCCUCAACAUCCUCCUGUAUGAGUCCCACGAUGGGAGGGGCCCAGACAAUGCCCUGCUGGAGGCCACAGGGGGCGCUGCAGGACGAUCUCAUCAUCUGGAUGAGGACGAGGAGCGAGAGCGAAUCGAGCGAGUUCGUAGGAUUCAUAUCAAACGACCCGAUGACCGCACACACCACCACCAGUGACCUUACUCCUUCAACCCGUCAGCCUGUGUCUCUGACCCUGGACAGUCUUUGCACCACGCUUGUGCCUUACGUCACCCAGCACCUCUUUGUCUUCACUCUUUCUUUACCAGCUUUUCCUCCAGGAGACUACUAUGAGAUGAGUGGCAUACAAAAGUGUGUAGUGGUGAAGUGAUUUUUUUUGUGAGUGUGUGUGUGUCCACUUGUUUUUGUUGCGUGCGUCUUGACAGGCUGUAGUGUUUCGUUCUCUUGUUUGUUUGCUAGUUACAACAACUUCAAUCACUGUUUUCUGCUAGCAUGCAGAAGCCCAAAGGUGUUUGCAUUCAGCACUGGAAGUGACCACAGUUUUACCUGAGAGUGUGUGUGUGUGUGUGUGUGUGUUUGUGGGUGUGUGUAGGUGAGAAUAUAGUAUUAUUGGUAUAAAUCUUGUCAUUUAAGGUCCUAACUACAUUAAAUCCAGAAGAACAAGAAUUAUAUCAUCCUAGCAGCUAAAAAUUAAUGUACAUAAUUUUUUGCUUUUCCUUAUCAUGGUUUUGACGGGUCCACUGUAAGGUCACCAGUGGAUUAACUAGGUGUCGUACACAAAAGAGCCACAUGGUGGCACUGUUUUACUCUUUAGACGAUGUUACCAAGGCUAUUUUAUAGCCUGCAGAUAAUAGCAAAUAAACCUUUUUAAAGUUUUAUUAAUUUUGAUACAGUUAAGAUAUCAAAGGUGGAUGCAACAUUUCACUGUACUGUAGUGCAUCUGUCAUAUUUAGUUUUUAACAUUUAUGCAUUAUCCCUUCACUCCACUAAAUGGUCGGUCUUUUCAGUGGAGGGAACUUGAGCUGUGACCUGAGGUGUUAAAUGUACUCGGGUGAUUGAAUGAUGGCCGCUGAGGUUGAAGUGAAUGACUGUAACCAGAGAUCUCCCUGGCAGGAAGGGAAUCCUGUCUACAAGCUUUUAACAGGGAGAGAAAUUAGACCUGUCCUUCAUCAGCACAUUCAUCAGAGAAUGUACUGUUUGCACACAAUGGGUUCGAGUUGAAAUAUGUCUAACAAUCACAGUACUUGUAGGUCUGUUGUAUGAAAGUGAACAUAUAUGUAUGUUUUAUAUUUAUACAUACUUUAUCACAAAUAAAUUUCUACAAACAU